AACUGUGUAAUCAUCACAGUUUUUUUGCUGUCAUCUUUCGACAAUCACUUCAGCUUGGUAUCGAGGAAAAGGUGCAGAGAAAGAUAAAUUCCUCGACGUCAACACGAAAAUUUGUGUGAAAAAAACAAUCAUUUCCAUAGAAUUAGGUGGUCAGGUGUACGCCCCGUGCAUUAAUGUGUAGCUUGUAAGUUAUUUUGGUGGCGUUGAUUGAGUCGCGGCGUGGACAAACAUGAAUCGAAGUGAGGGUCUUGUGCGACGUGUAAAGAAUCGGAGUGAAAAUCCAGGCAAUUCCGAGCAGGGCGCAGCGAACUCGUCAGCUAACAAUCACGAGGAUGAGAAGCAGGAGAAUGACGAAGACGUGGACGAUUGCGAUUCCAAGGAGACCAGGCUCACGCUCAUGGAAGAAGUCCUGUUGCUCGGUCUCAAAGACAAAGAGGGAUACACUUCUUUUUGGAAUGAUUGCAUCUCUAGCGGCCUGCGAGGCUGCAUCCUGAUCGAGUUGGGACUGCGAGGACGUGUGGAGCUGGAGCGUGCCGGGAUGCGCCGCAAAGGUUUGUGCUCGAGGAAACUCUGCCUCAAGUCCGACACUCCGACAGGCGAUGUGCUGCUGGACGAGGCGCUGAAGCACAUCCGGGAAACAGAUCCUCCUGAGACAGUGCAGAGUUGGAUUGAGUAUCUCAGCGGGGAGACAUGGAAUCCGCUGAAGCUGCGCUAUCAACUGAAGAAUGUCCGAGAGCGCCUCGCGAAGAACCUCGUGGAGAAGGGCGUGCUCACCACAGAGAAGCAGAACUUCCUCCUAUUCGACAUGACCACACAUCCACUCAGUGAUAAUGUUAUUAAGUGCAAACUUGUGAAGAAGAUUCAGGAUGCGGUUCUGUCGAAGUGGGUCAAUGACCCGCAGCGCAUGGACAAAAGGAUGCUCUCGCUAAUCUACUUGGCGCAGGCGAGCGACGUCCUAGAGAAUGCCUUCUCGCCACUCAACGACGAUGACUAUGAAUUGGCCAUGAGACGCGUCCGGGAAUUACUAGACUUGGAUUUUGAAGCUGAGGCAGCCAAGGCGAAUGCCAAUGAAGUCAUCUGGGCAGUUUUUGCGGCAUUCACUAAAUAAUAUAUGGAGAUCCAUUUUCACAGUGAACAGAAAGUGAGCACAGAGUGAGUGAAAUCAAGUGGAAUCACAUAGAAAAUGCUGGCAUAUUUAAUGACUAACAUAAGAAAAAGGGAAACUCU